AUGCGCUUUCCUGACCGGAAAUUGUGUCGGGAAUGCAAAGCGCUUUGGAAGCUCGUUACCAACCAUUGCUUUCAAACUGCUUUGUUGACGAUUCUGGCGCACUGGCUGUGGAAAAUGGACCUGCACGAGUUUUCAUCCAAGUCGUCUGCAGUUGCAUCCACAGAGCAAAAGUACCUACCUACCUUAGUGGAGGUCUGGUACCUUAGGUACAGUGCAAUCAAUACCUGGGUGCAUGUACAUACUAUUAUAAUACCGUUGGUAGCCGAACCUAGCCCUGUCAAAUCUCCGACCGUCGGACUUGGGAGUUCCAAAUACUGUGUACUCCGUAGCCUCCGAGGAGAUGCCCAACCCAACGUGGAUGCAAUGGAUCCUUAUCUCUCCGUUCAACAAACAAGUUCAUUCCUUGAUCAUCGCGUUUUCCAUUCAGCAGGUGGCUUUAUGCUACCCCAACUGAAGAUGGCCUUUAAGCUCAACACUUGGAUCCGAGAGAGAUAUAAGACCAAAAAGACCAAAAAGGCCCUAUCUGAGCCGUCUGAUUGA